UUGCCUUGGAUUCACUGUGCCUUGUGCCACACUCGUUCAGCUUUUACACAGGCUAAUUUGGAAUCAGACUAUUUGGUGGGAUCAACUCAGUAUGGAGGAAAUGGCAAUCUCUUUAAUAUUUCUGACUCAUGACAGAAGUGCUAAAGUUCAUUGCAGAGCAUGAUAGAGGUGUGUGGUUAGCUGGAAGCUUUCAACACAAUCCUGUGUCCGUUCUACAACAGAACUAAUGGCUAACUGGCGAUGCUGUAACAAAGCUCUGCUAAUUCUUAGUCUAAUGCUGCAUAAGUGCAUGAAUACGGAUAUAACAGGUGAUAAAGUUGGUGACACCGACACUGAUUUCACCAGUAAGGAAGGUUUGGGAAUUGCAGAUCUGAAGCAAGAGUCUCGUUCUGCCAAGAAUCAUAUUGAGUCUUCACAAACAGCAUUAAAUGAUAACCUCAGGAACAUUCACAACAACAGGCUGGUCUUCUCAAAUGUUUACAGUUUUGACAUCCAGGAGGAUGUAGCUCCAGGCACCACAGUAGGAGUAGUAACAGCCACUGCUCCAAAUCAGGGAGUCGAUGACGAUGUGUAUGCAAUACAAGAAGAUGAUGGGAAUGGACUCUUUGUUAUUAACCCAGCCACUGGAAACUUUACCCUUACUCGUCCUCUGGACUUUGAGUCUGCAAAGUAUUACAUUCUCACUGUGAAAGCGACGAAUACAGAAGGACAAUUCAGUGUGAUCCGGGUAUACUUCAACGUGCUGGAUAUCAAUGAUAACCCGCCAGUGUUUGCUCCCGAUUCCUACAAUGUUUCUAUAAUGGAAAAUGUCCCCAUUGGCACAAAUGUUUUAACCCUGAAAGUGACUGAUGCUGAUGAAGGUCUGAAUGCUGCUUUGACGUUAAAUAUAAUCUCUGGAGAUCCCAAUGGAGAUUUUACAAUUGAUCAGAAUGCUGUACUCCGAGUCCAACAGACAUUAGAUCGAGAACGCCAGACUACAUACGUUUUGAUUGUUCAAGCAACUGAUCAGGCUCAAUGUGAUUCAGUGCGCUUCAGAAGUAGUGCAUGGAUUAUGGUGGAGCUCCUAGAUGUGAAUGACAAUCCCCCUGCAUUCUUACAUUCAAAUACUGUCUACCUUCCUGAAGAUAUUUCUAUUGGUACUGUGGUAUUGACAGUUAAAGCCAUAGAUCCGGACAGUGGACUCAAUGGCCACAUCGAAUACUCCCUGCUGCAAUUAACAGGGUGCAAGUUCAGCAUCAAUGCCACAAGUGGUGAACUGAGUCUGACUGGAGACCUCAACAGAGAAUUAGUAGAAUGGGUUACAAUAGAUGUGACUGCUUCAGACAAAGGCCAACCAUCACUGUUCUCUUCCUUAAGCAUCAGAGCAAUUAUCACUGAUGUCAAUGACAACUCUCCUGUCUUCACUCAAACUACUUAUACAGUCACAGUGGAUGAAAAUAUAUCUCGUGGCUCAGAUUUGCUAGCAGUUUCAGCUGUUGACCUCGAUGAAGGCAAAAACGGGCAGGUUCGAUAUGCUACAAGCAGCAAGGACUUUGACAUUGAUUCAGUUACCGGAUUAAUCUCAUUGUCUAGGAAUUUGGAUCGUGAACAAAUACCAGUUUAUUCUUUUGUGGUUAUUGCAAUGGAUGGUGGACCCACUCCCAGGUCAGGAACAGCCACUGUCAGGGUUGUGCUCAGAGAUGUCAAUGAUUUUGUACCAAUCAUCCAGCCCACCAAAGUGACCCUACAUUUCUUGGAGAAUAUAAACGUAGUUCCACAAAUUGUAUAUCAGCUGCUGGGCCGUGACGAUGACUUAGAUUCCAACAGUAAACUGACUUACAAGAUUAAACGAGGAAAUGAAGAUGGCAAGUUUUCUCUCUCGACAAAUGGAGAACUCAGCUUACUGCAGAGCCUAGACAGAGAAAUUCAGGAGGAAUAUAUGCUGCUGGUGACUGCCACAGAUGCAGGUGAUCCACCACUGACCGGCUCUGGAACAAUCAUCAUAAUUGUUAAUGACCUUAAUGAUAACACUCCUCUAUUUGAACAAAGUCUGUACACAGCCACAAUCAGUGAAGCGGCCUCCAUUGGUGCAACAGUUUUGCGGGUAAAUGCUACUGAUCCAGAUGCAGAAGAGAAUGGGCAUGUCAGUUACUCAAUGGAAGGAGAGUAUUCUCCAUUCUCUAUUGACCCAAUCAGUGGAGAAAUUAUCACCAUUUCCACUUUGGACAGAGAAAUUCAAGGAACCUACACACUGAUUGUUAUAGCUAAUGACAGAAGUUACACACAGCGCUUGUCCAGUUCAGCAACUGUGAUUGUCAUGAUAGGAGAUGUUAAUGAUCAGCCACCUCAAUUCCUGGAUGACCCAUAUGUUGCUAAUGUCCCUGCAGUUCUAAACACAGGGUCAAUUGUUUAUGCGGUAACUGCAAAAGAUGGAGAUGUUGGAAGAAAUGCUGACCUACGUUUUUCUUUAUUUGGUCCAAGCACAGACAAAUUUGAAAUUGACCCACUCAGCGGUGUGGUUUUUGCAUGGCACACUUUGAAAGGUCCAAUGGAUAUUACAAUAAACAUUAAUGUAUCAGAUAGAGGAGAAGAUCCAAAAAUGGACAGUACAACUAUCACUGUCCGAUUUCAAAGCACCACUGACUUCCCUCAAAUAUCUGUGGAUAAGACAGUGCACGUAUACCCAGAAGAUCAAGCAAUAAAUACUGUGAUUGCCAAAGUCAAUGCCUUAAACAAAGAGAAAGGAGAAGUUGGGCCUAUUUGCUUUUAUCUUGCAGCGGGCAACUUUGGAGAUGUAUUUCAAGUCAAUCAACUAACAGGAGAAGUGAUUAUAAAAAGGACUCUGGAUUUUGAGAUUGUAAAACACUACCAGCUUUGGAUUGAAGCCAGAAAUUCAGGUUCACCACCAUUUUCUUCUUACGCUAGAAUAGAUGUCAACAUUACAGAUAUAAAUGACAAUUUUCCUACAUUUAAACAGAAUGUCUAUAAAUGUGAAAUAUAUGAGAAUCUCCCAGCCAGCAAAGUCUGCAAUGUGUCUGCAGUUGAUUUGGAUUCUACUCUGAAUGGAUUGUUAGAAUAUAGUAUUUAUGACGGCAAUGUUAAUGAUGCAUUUUAUAUCAAUAGUUCCACUGGAGUCAUCGGAACUGCUUGGAUGUUAGAUAGGGAACAGGUGGCAUUAUACACACUAAUAGUUGAAGCAAAAGACAAAGGAAACAACCCCAAAAGAGGUACAGCAACAGUCAUUAUUUCCGUUCUGGACAAAAAUGACAAUGCUCCUCGGUUUUCCCAAAUUUUCCUUGCAUAUGUUGUAGAAAAUGCUCCAGUUGGUUUUACAAUCAUACGAAUUACUACCACAGAUGACGAUAUUGGUGUGAAUGCUAAAAGUACCUACAGUAUUACUGAUCAGACAGCAACUCUGCCAUUUGACAUAAAUCAAAGUACUGGAGAUUUAACUGUGACAAGGCCAUUGGACAGAGAGACCACAGAUCGGUAUGUUUUAAGAGUACAUGCCAAUGAUUCAGCAUGGGAUGUCAACACAGAUGUUACUAUAUUUGUUACUGAUAUAAAUGACAAUACACCACAAUUUAUUAAGCCAUUUUAUAGUACAACAAUUCCAGAGCCUACAGAAAAAGAAAUGUUUGUUCUAACGGUUUCUGCCACCGACCCUGAUCACGAUUGCAAUGGAAACAUUUUCUACUUCUUUCAACAACCGAAUGAAUUCCUCAGAAUUAAUGCCACCACUGGUGAAAUCUUCACUAAGGAGUUCAUUUCAUUAAAAAACACAGAUAACAACAGCAGUGACCACAACAAAAUUAAGUUUAUUGUGAUUGCCUCAGACCUUGGUGAGCAACCCAAUCUAAGUGAGACCACUGUGGCAGUUACUGUUGUUACUCAUAAUGAUUAUUCACCCAUAUUUUUGCCACACAGACAAAUGAUUCCAGUUCCUGUGAACUUAGCUUUAGGCACCAGGGUGACUAAACUAGUUACUGUUGAUAAAGAUUCAAGUGGAAAAGUAGUAUAUUUUAUUACUGAGAAUAAUGGUUCAUUCCCUUUUGGCAUUGAACAGUACAGUGGUUGGAUUUUUGUGACUAAAACUCUAGCUUCAAGUGUAAGUAAAGUAUUCACCAUAACAGUAACUGCAGCUGAUGAAGGUACUCCACCUCUUUCCUCUAAUACUACAAUUAACUUUGUGAUCACAGAAGAAAAUAGAUUUACUCCACAAUUUUACACUCUAGAAGUCAGUUUUUAUAUUCCUGAAGACCAGCCUGUUGGUUCUGUAAUUGGUAAUGUUACUGCUUCUGAUGCUGAUCAAGGGAUAAAUGGCCAUGUAACAUACUCAAUAAUAGCUGGAAAUAAAGGUGGAUAUUUUACUAUUGGAAACACUACUGGUUUGCUAACUUUAGUUAGAAGUUUAGAUUUUGAGAUGGAUUCUGUUUACAGUCUUCAGAUUUAUGGCCAAGAUGGUGGAUGGAUUUCAAAGACUGGUUCUGUUAAAGUUGUUAUUCUUGUUCAAGAUGUCAAUGACAAUCUACCAGCAUUUUGUGAGAAUGCAUUUUUUGCAUCAAUAGCAGAAAACUCACCAUGUGGCACUACAGUCCUUAAGCUAAAUGCAACAGACAAUGAUACAGGAAUUCAUGCUGAGAUAAAUUACGCUAUUGAAGAUGGCAACACUGAACUCUUUUUUAUAGAUCCACAGACUGGAAUAAUAACCGUACAAGAAAUUUUAAAUUUUGAGUUGGAUCAGUUCUAUGAAAUAACUGUCAGAGCAUUUAACAGUCAUGACAGUGAUCAAUUCAGUCUGGGUAAAGUGUAUGUUAAUGUCACAGGAGAGAAUGAAUACAUUCCUCAGUUUAGUAAACCACAAUAUAAUUUUGUCAUUUUAGAGAAAGCAGUUAAAGGAACUAUUGUAGGCCGUGUGACUGCAACCGAUCGUGAUCGUGGUCUUGAUGGUGUGGUUAACUACCUACUAGUAGGAGAAAGCAAAAAGAAAGGCUUUCAGAUUUUUGACAACACUGGGGAGGUUGUUGUCUCGGAUAACAUAAAAUUGCACAGUCGCAGCCAUGUUCUCCUUAGAGUGCUUGCUAAGAAUGCUGGAAGAAUACGUGGCUUUGAUGUGGAUGAAGCACUAAUUAAUAUUACUGUUCUAGAUGUAAAUGAUGGCCCAGUGUUUAAAUCUGCUGUCUAUCAAGCCCAUGUCAGAGAAGAUGUACCAGUUGGUACUUCUGUCAUUAACCUGAUGGUUGAUGAUUCAGAUAAAAUUCCAAAGAAUCAGCUCAAGUUUAAAAUUCAAGAUGAAAAUUUAACUAAUUCAUUUUCUAUAAAUUCUAGAACUGGUGAAAUAUUUGUUGCAUCUUCCCUUGACAGGGAGACUGUGCCAUUUUAUAAUGUGACCGUUGUUGUAUAUGAUACAGGGGCCAACCGAAAAAUAGGUAGAACGCAAUUAGUAAUCACAGUUGAUGAUGUCAAUGAUAAUGGUCCUGUUCUUGUUACGACUGAAGGGUCUGUAUUGGAGAAUCAACCAGCUGGCACACAAUUCGUUUCCCUUAAUGCCACAGAUCUGGAUUUACCUCUCAACCAAGGGCCAUUCUAUUACCAGCUCGCUGAUCAUAACAGCAGCAGUUUUGUUACAUUAUCCCCAGCUGGUGUUUUGUCCACUAAGCAAAUGAUUGACAGGGAACUUGUUAGUGAGCUCUAUUUGCCUAUCAUAGUCCAAGAUUCUGGAGUCCCACCAAUGUCUGCGAUGAGUCUUUUUCAUGUCCUAAUUUUGGACCAAAAUGAUAACCCUCCUCAGCCUAGAAAUAUUUAUAUUCAAGUCAAUUAUUAUGGUGACUCUUUCCCUGGUGGUAAAAUAGGUAGUGUGAAGCCAGAAGAUCCAGAUGUGUCAAAUAUAUUUAACUGCCACAUAUUCACCAAUGCCACGAUCAGUUUCACCAUAGUAGCAGACUCCUGUGAACUGCUAUCUGGAAAGCAGUUCCACGAAGAGGAAUUGAGUCUCACAGUUAAGGCAAGUGACAAUGUUCACCCUGCUGUCUCCAGCAAUGUUCACAUAAGAUACCGACAUUUUAACAAUGCCACUAUUGAUAAUAGUGUCCUGCUUCUGAUUACACUUCCCAUUAAGGAGUUUCUAAAUAAAAAAUAUCUACAUUUAGUUAAGACUAUUGAUGAUCUCCUGAACCAAAAUAACACAAAUCUGCAUGUCUUUGGGAUGAUGCCCAUGAAUAAUCAGGUCCUCUUGAUGACAGCUAUUAAAAAUAAUAAUGGGCUGUACCUUUCUAGCAGCACAGUGAUAGACUUCUUCACAGUUCACAAAGAAUGGCUUAGGUCUCAGGUGGGAAUCCCUAUUUCUGCAGCUGGUUUUGAUCCUUGCUUAACAAAUCCAUGUCUCCAAGGUGCUACUUGUACAAGGCAAACUGCUAUCAGCCCAGACACUGUAAUUCUAGAAAGUUCUUCAAUGAUUUUUCUGACUCAUGUUCUAUUGGAACCAUUCCAGUGUAGCUGCCCAGAUGGGUAUGAAGGUCAGUUGUGUGAAUUGGACAUUGAUGAAUGUCUGACUGCACCAUGUGGUAUUCACGGUACCUGCUUGAACUACCCAGGAAGUUUCUCUUGCUCCUGUCCAGAAGGCACAACAGAUCCUCAUUGUGCAAUGGACAUAAAUCUAUGCCAACAAAACAUGUGCCAGAAUGGAGCUACCUGCCUGAAUAUGCCUGGAACUUCUCAAUGCAAGUGUCCACCAAGUGAAACAGGUACCAGUGGGAAUGAAUGUGAUGUGAGCAGCCUUGGAUUUGAAGAACUGUCUUACAUGGAACUCCCUUGCCUUGAUCCUCGAAACAAUGCAAUCUAUGUCGAAUUUGCCACAAUAAAAGAAAAUGCUCUCCUCCUGUAUAAUUAUGACAACAAAGAAAGUCCAGAGGGUGAAUUCCUUGCACUGGAAAUAGUGAAUGGUAAAAUGGAAUUUUCUUAUAAUCUCGGAAAUGGAACUGUUAGACUGCUAAGUAAUCAACAAGUAGCAGAUGGGCAGUUUCAUAAAAUCCUUGCAACGAGAUUAGGAAAGGUUGGAUCCCUGACUGUGGAUAAUUGCACUGCCAAUCAGCCAGCUGAGUUCUGCUUUGUAAGCAAUCCAGGCAUAGGCACCGAAAGGUUUCAAACUCUGGAUCUGGAUAACAAUAGCAUGGUAUUUGGAGGAGUCAAAUCAAUUGACCCAAUACUCCUUCGCCCAGGUCAAGUGAAAACAGAUGACUUUAUUGGUUGCAUUAAAGAAGUUAAAUUGAACAGUGUUCCUGUUAAAAUUGCUGAGGUCCUGUCUUCAAGCAACAUCCUGAGCAGUUGUCCUCGUUUGGAUGGAGCUUGUCAAGAUAAAGCAUGUGCCAACAAUGGAGUCUGCCUUGAUCGUUGGUCUUUCUACCUAUGCCAGUGUCCUGAAGGUUUUACUGGACCACACUGUGAAAAAGUUAUUUCUCCAGAUACAGCAAUCAGUCUCAAUGGACAAUCUCAUCUUGAUUAUUUCAUUAAAGAAAGUUAUAAACGUGCACAACUACUUAAAAGUCAUAGAAGGAAAAGGAAUCAAAAAGGAGCUGAUGAUGCCAACAGUAUUGAAGUACAGUUCAGAACACAGUCCACAAACGGAAUUCUCUUCCACCUGCAAGGGAACAGAAGCUACGCCAUCGUCAAGAUCUUGGAAGGAAGGAUAAUCUUCAUUGCUAAUGCUGGCUCGGCAGGUUACAUUGAGCAUCAUUUGCCAGAUAUCUCGGUCUCUGAUGGCACCUGGCAUAUUUUCAAAAUGGAGAUCGGUAGCUUUGUCACCAGACUUGUUCUUGAUCAAAAACACCAUGAAAACAUCACCAUUCCCAUGGGAGGAAUUGAAGUGUCCACCUUUUCAUUAGGGUGGUCACCAGUAUCACGGAUUGACAAUCUGAGUGAACCAGGGUUUAAAGGAUGCAUCAAAGUAUUAAAAUACAAUAAUCAAGUGAUGCCAUUUACUGGAUCAAAUGACCUAGUCAAAGUUCAGUCAAGUGAUGUCUCAGUACAAGUUGGAUGCAGCAAGUCUGAUGCCUGUGUAAGCAACCCAUGUCCAACUGGAAUGAAGUGUAUUAAUUUAUGGUUAGCAUACAAAUGCCUUCCAGUUUCCUGUUUUCCUGACCCUUGUAAGCAUGGUGGGACAUGUAUCCUUUCCCCAGAAGGCUUACUUCACUGCACUUGCAAGCCAGACUUUACUGGAUCUUACUGCGAGUUGCCCCAUCAGGAAGGCAAUGUUCAGUUUCCACAGUGGAGAAUAGCAGUGAUUAUCCUGGUUACUCUUGGUGUAACCUCUCUGUUGGUUGCAUUCUUUAAGUGUCAAUAUACUACUUUAAAAAACAAGAGAACAAAAAUGAUACCAUCAUUUCAAGCAGGUACUGAGAACAAAGCUUUUGAUGAUGACAACAAUGAUGUUGAAGACACAAAAUGUUGCCCUUCUGACAAUAAUGAAAAGCAGCCAGAUAUCCUCAAAGCAGAAAAAAGUUAUCACAUCAUGGAUGAAACAUACAUUGAUGCCACAGCCAUGGUGCAGAGAAAGAAAUACUAUGGGCACAGAGACUAUGUCCUAGAGAACUAUACCACCGAUAACAUUAGCAGGGUAGAUCCUUCUGAUACUGAUGUCAUUCAGCACCAGACACAAAUCCAGAUCAUUAAUGAUCAUUAUAAAAAUGCAAUUCUCUCCAGAAAUAUGCAUGAAAAUUUCCAACCUUUUAUAUCAACAUUGAAUCAAAGGAACACCCAUUCUAUUGCACAGAUUACUCCAAGCCAACGAAGUGUAACAAAAAUUGAUCUUGAAAGCCAACACUGCUCUCAUACACUUGCAUCGAAAUGGUUUCCUUCAUCACUUUUAUUUACAGAGCACAAACAUUUAAUGAAUGAACUUCAUUCAACAGGCUAUGAAGCAGAGUUUUCCCACCAUGUUCACUUUGACGGCAACCAAUCAAGUCAAGGAGGCAUUGAUAACUUGUCUUUUAGUGGAGAUGUCCAGCCUGAUGCAUCAACAUUUACAUCCAGUAUCACAACCAACUGCAGAGGAAAACAGGUGCUGAGGAGAUUUCCACUGGGCCUAUCUGUAGAAGAGGUAAAAGAACUGAAUUCUCCAACAAUACAGAAACUUGUCAAGAGCACCACUCAAAGAAAUUCACUGCCACAAUUUUCACAAAGAACAUCAACUCAGAAUGGUGCCUCAUUCUUUAUUCCUUCCUCAGAUCCUUCAUCUGACAGUGAUUCCCAUAGUUCUUUCACUUGUUCAGAGUAUGACUAUGAAAGAGAACUUCUGGCAUACAGUCACUUUCCUGUGGGCAAAUACACUCAACGAGAUUCCGAGAGCAGUAUUGUUGAGGAUGAUAAGAUACCAAAUGAAUGGGAUAUUAGAUUACAAGAACAUGUAAAAGGGUAUGCAUCUGAUUCACUUUUAAUAGACAGUGAAAUUAUCACUGAUGAGGAUUCAGAUAACAAUACACUACCUACUGCUCAUUCUUCUGUCAACAGAAUAAACAAUUGGGAAACAUUUUUAAACUGGGGACCAACUUUUGAAAUGUAUCUUGACAUUUUCGAGGACCUUGCUGAACUUCCAAGUGAACCAGGAAUUGAAAGUCAAUUUUGUACUGCUGAAGAAAGUGAUAAUGAAGAAAUUCUGUGACAUAUUUCUCAAAAAUCCCUUUAAGAAACAAUGUCCAAAAAUUUUAGUGUUUUCCUACAUAAAUAUAUGCUAAAAUAUAAUGAAUGGUGAAUAAUUUUGUAGGUAUUAAUCUUUUAUGAUUUUGUGCAAAGAUUUUGAGUCACGAAAUAACCCAACGUAUUAUAUAAUUUCCAAAUUUAAGCAAGUUACUGUCAUUAUUAACUUUCAGCAGAAUAGAUGCUUGUUAUCUAAUCUCUAACCAUGCAGCAAAAUAGGAAAUAUUCAGAGAAUCUAUGGGUUUUACUGCUUGAAGCAACAUGUUAUUUUGAGACAUAACUAAAGGAGCAAAUUGCAUCAGUUUGAGUUCAUUUCAUCACAAAUGACUAGAUGCCAGACUAUUAGUAAGAGGACAGGUCAUAUGUCUAUCUAAUACCAAGAGUUUGCACUGAAUGCUGUUUAAAAAAAAACAUUUUCAGACAUCUAACAAUUCACAGCACAAUAAUGUUAAAGUUGUAGGCUUCAAAAUUACCAAUCAUGCUGCAACUAUUUACCCUCAAGAGCAGUAUGGAAUGGAAGUCAAUUUUGCCUGUUAACUACCACAAAAUGGACCCCUUCUGAAUUUCCUAACAAGAAUUUCCUGUAAACCAGCCAUUAAGCUACCCAAUAAUAACUUGCGAAUGAGGUCCUUAAUUCUCUCCCACUGCUUUUCCUUCUUACUGCUAAUAGCAUACAGUGUUGUUCCCAGACUGAAAGACUGGCUUGUUUCUGAGACACCCCACUGGUAAAUUGGUUUAUUAUUGUCACAUGUACAGAAGUACUUGUCUUGCAUACCGUUCAUACAGAUCAAUACAUUACAACAGUGCAUUGAGGUAGUACAAGAUAAAAUAAUAACAGAAUGCAGAAUAAAGUGUUACAUUUACAAAGAAAGUGCUGUGCAGGUAGACAAUAAGGUGCAAGGUCAUAACAAUGUAGAUUAAGGUCAAGAGUCCAUCUUAUUGUACUAGGGAACUGUUCAAUAGUCUUAUAACAUUGGGAUAGAAGCUGUCCUUGAACCUGGUGGUACGUGCUUUCAGGCUUUUAAAUCUUCUGCCUGAUUGGGGGGGUGGAGGGGAGAAGAUCUGGGGUUGCUGGGGUCUUUGAUUAUGUUGACUGCCUUACCAAUGCAGUGAGGUAUAGACAGAGUCCACGGAGGGGAGGCUGGUUUCCAUGAAGUGCUGAGCUGUGUCCACAACUCUGCAGUCACAGGCAAAGCAGUUGCCAUACCAAGCCAUGAUGCAUCUGGAUAGGAUGCUUUCUAUUGCACAUCGAUAAAAAUUGGUGAAGGUCAAAGGGGUCAUGCCAAAUUUCUUUAGCCUCCUGAGGAAGUAGAGGCACUGGUGAGCUUUCAUGGCCAUGGUCUCUCUGUGGUUGGACCAGGACAAGCUAUUGGCGAUGUUCACUCCUAGGAACAUGAAGCUCUCAACCAUCUCGACCUCAGCACCGUUGACAUAAACAGGAGCAUGCGCACUGCCCCCUCUUCCUAAAGUCAAUGACAAGCUCUUUUGUUUUGCUGACAUUGAGGGAAGGGUUAUUGUCAUGACACCAUGUCACUAGGCUCUCUAUCUCCUUCCUGUACUCCAACUCAUCAUUACUUGAGAUACAGCACAGAACGGUAGCAUCAUCUGCAAACUUGUAAAUGGAAUUACAGCAGAAUCUGGUCAUGCAGCUGUGAGUUUAUAGAGGAUGAGGAAGGGGAAUGUAACUUAACCAUGGGCAAUUGAAAGCAAGCCCGAGACUGGGUAGGCUAAAUGCAAAAGAACAGAAAUGUACUUCAUCCCUUGAAAUUCCUGGUUUCACCUUGACAAAGCGUGAAUGGUUAAUUAGAAUGAGAGUCAUUAUGUGUAGCUAUUGCCAGGAUUAGUUGAGAUAGACGCAUGUGUGAAAUUGUUGAGUCUGACAAUUGGCGAAAGUUUGACUAGUGAUUAUUGCAGCUGAAAAUGUUUACCUCUACUUCCUUGUUAUUGUAAGCACUGAGUUGCUUUUGAUUAUGCACAAGUAUUAAUAGCAUCUAGAAAUUCAAUUGCAUCAAGCUAUUCUUUAAGUCAUAUGCAAUGUCCCAAAGUGAAAACUGACAACUGCUUCUGAGUCAUAUGUAGAAAUUCUGGGCAUUUCUGGACAUGGGUGAGCCUUAGACCCUGAUAUAAUUUCUUCCACGUCAGCUGCACCACCUCCUCACCCUGACUAUUCCAACCUUUGCUGGUACCCUGAUCAUCACCACCUUCUGACCAUGUCUUCUGGGUUCUAAUGCUCCUCCCAUCCCAGACCAUCCUUUCCUGUGUGCUGGUCUUUGACUGGAUCUGUGCAUUAGUCCCACAUUACAUGGAAAGCAAGCGGGAGGUCCUCCAAUGGAUAUGUAAAGGAAGAUCCAUAAGGUUCUGAAAGAUUUGGCUCUGGGUCAAUGUGUACAACCCUGACACAUUGGGAGAAACCUAUCACAAAGUGCCACUUGUAAUUUGAAGACAUAAGAGACUGCUGAAGCUGGAAAUCUGGA